GCCAUGGCCGGUGCUGUCACUUUCAGUGUGCUAUCUCUACAAUAGCCUGCUCACCCAUCACCGGUCUCUACAAUUAGCUCUUUGUUGCUUGUCUCCGAUCCUUUGUCAUAGUUUUGCGUCGUUGGUUCCACUAUAACCUGCGCCAUUUCAUUUCGGCCCUGUUCGAUAUAUUUUAAAAAAAUUAAGAGAGUUUUUGGCCGAGUUUUGAGUGAGUUUUGCAGUGUUUGGUGGAGUUCAGCAGUAGGAGUAUUCUUCACUUUCCGGACACUUAACCGGAGGUUUGCGUGCUGGUUCUGCAGAGCUUUACUUUCAGGGAACGUUCCUGUAAAUUUCAACUUUUUGGAACCUCCGGAAGCUCUCCAUGUCUGCAGCCAUAUCGUUCGUUUUGUACAUGCUUUGAAGCCAUCGCAGAUGCCUGCGUGCAACUGCACUGUUUGCUGAAACAUCAGGAUCUGCAGUUUCCCAGGGUGGAAGUUGUUCGCAGCAGGAGAAGCGCCAUACCCGGAAAAUGACACACACUUUGUUUCUCACAAUUGAUCAAUUGCCUGCUUGAAACCUUAAAACUAUCGCAGCCAACUGCAACUUGUCUUCAUCGAAAUUGUAGCCAACGUACAUUUUGUUGUGUAUACGCCUAUUUCUUGGGAAACAGUUUGGUCAGGACCAGGGAUCUGGAUAUUGACCCCCUUUGUAUAGAAAAAAAAAGAAGGAACAAGAGAAGAAUUCCCCUUAAUAUUUGCACAACCACCAAGACUUACACAGUACAUCGGUGUACCACGUAUAUUGUCACGCAAUUUGAUAGUUACAGAAGCUUUCAAGCUACUGUUCGAAGAGUACAGCAAGCCAAAAUUGCGACGCCAUCCUCAAGAAUGCCUGGACUCCGCUACCCUGGGCCGACUAUAACUGCACCCUGUGCGAAUUACUCCUUCCUCCAAGAUGCUCAAACAUCUAACGGCAAGGAUUUGGCAUGGGACCGGCCCGUGGGUCGCAACUUUGAACUUUUAUCAGCAGUGGAAGCUAUGCCCAACGCUCCGAAUAAGUCCAAAGCAUGCCGUACGCAUCAGUAUUACGCGGAGUGGAUGAAGGGUAUGGCACAUUCUGCUUCCAACUCCUACAGUGGCACAGGUUGCUCCAUUAAUGUUAGCCCUGGCUCACAGGGGUGCAACAGUGGUAGGGGCGACAACGGCGAAAAGGAUAGCGAUGACCUCGCGGCCAUGGUAGAUGAUUUUAUCGAGAGCUCUGGCUGUCCUAACUCUUACGAUGGGAAUGAUUCUGAGAGCGGACCUUCCAGUAUCGUUAAACUUCCCGACACCUUGCAGACAUUGACAUCUGCUCAUGGAGGGAUUGAAGCAGAACUUCUCAAUGCGGUUGUGAACAUAAUUUUGACCAGUGAUGUCGACAUGUUGAUUUGCAACUCCGAAGGAGCGGACUGCAGGGGUGGCUGCAUCAAGCGUUUGGUCGCUAGCCAGUUGCGAACUGCAGGUUAUGACGCAGCGGUGUGCAAAUCGAAGUGGGAAGGCUCUGGACGUGUACUUGGAGGUACAGUGCAAAUGGGUGCGUACGAGUACAUCUAUGUGGAAGUGAAUUACAAUCAAUCCGUGGAGCGAUUGAUUGUCGAUGUCGAUUUUCAGGACCAAUUUGUACUGGCGAGAGCUACCCCUAGCUACCUUGCUGCACUCAAGCUUUUACCAACUGUUUUCGUUGGCUCAACUAGGAGGUUAGGACAGAUUCUCCAUAUCAUGGCAGAAUAUGUCAAAAUGUCUCUCAAACAAAACUCCAUGCCUCUUCCACCGUGGCGUACCCUUGAUUUCAUGAACUCCAAGUGGCUGUCGCCCAAUGAACGUGUUGUAGAUAAGUCGUGGCCAUGUUCCCCCAGGGGUUCUUCGAGCCCACGUUUGAAAGGACGGCUUGCGUCCAUGCCUGAAACUAGGCAAUGUGAUGUUCAGUUAUUGCGCAUGAAAGAUUCUCUCAUUGCAGAGGUUCGUGGUACAUCGGUGAACAUUCCAGGGCGAGGUAGAACCCGACAAUACCCGACGUCGCGUGCGAAGCGAAGCUCGGGCAUCCUCUGAAAGCUUCAUUUGGGCUGAACUGAAUGUUGUUCGGGUUUUCGGGAUGAGAAAUGAUACAGAUUUUAGACGCGGCAACCUUGUAUCUACUGGCAGCUUGAACACUAAAGACUGCCAGUACAUCUCUGAGAAGAGGCUUAGUUGUCUAGACCUCACGGCGCUCUGAGUUCCGACUCGAUGGACUUUACUGAUAACUCAUUGAUUUUCCCGGACAUUGAGAUGUGUAAGAGUUCAGAGACCAUGGACAUUCAAAGUGAGUUUUACUGAAUUUCGAGUUACAGUUCUGCACUGCCACUUGAAAACACCGUAAGUAGAAGAAUACCAACUAGACGAACCCAGACAAGGCUUUUUGCAUAAGGAGGAAGCAGUCUGCUAAGAGCCAGCAGGAUCCCUCAGAUCCAGUGGUAAUAUCUCCAUCAUUACCGUGAAAAAUUAGAUAGAAUUUGUAGGACGAGACUCUCAAGUUCGUCUGUUUCCUCCGUUAUUAUACGGCAUUCUAAUCUGACGACCCUUUCCUUUUA